CUUAUUAGAUGGUCAUUUUACUUCGACUUUUGGUAUGACAUUCUUUCUUCCCAUGAUGUGUUAAUGGCUCUAUGUAUCCUGUCAUUGGUGACACAAUCCCUUCUGUAACAUUGGAUAUUUACAAUCAAUGAUUAACUUAAUGUGUAGCUAAGUAAUUAAUGUUAAAAGUUUAUCUUUUAAAAAUGACUAAAUUCAUAAAAUAAUGUCUAGGUGCUUUUUGACAAUCUGGUCCUAAGCGAUCUAUUUCUUUUUCACAGGGAAAUGGGGGAAAAUCAGACAAUGGUUACAGAGUUCCUCCUGCUGGGAUUUCCCCUCAGCCCACAGAUUCAGAUGUUCCUCUUUGGGCUCUUCUUCCUGUUCUACGUCUUCACCCUACUGGGGAACGGGGCCAUCCUGGGGCUCAUCUCACUGGACUCCAGACUGCACACCCCCAUGUACUUCUUCCUCUCACACUUGGCCAUCGUCGACAUUGCCUAUGCCUGCAACACGGUGCCCCAGAUGCUGGUGAACCUCCUGCUACCAGCCAAGCCCAUCUCCUUUGCGGGCUGCAUGACCCAGAUGUUUCUGUUUUUGAGUUUUGCACAUACAGAAUGUCUCUUCCUGGUGGUAAUGUCCUGUGAUCGGUAUGUGGCCAUCUGCCACCCUCUCCGAUAUUCCGUCAUCAUGACCUGGCGAGUCUGCAUCACCCUGACUGUCACUUCCUGGGUGUGUGGCUCCCUCCUAGCUCUGGUCCAUGUGAGCCUCAUCCUAAGACUGCCCUUUUGUGGGUCUCAUGAAAUCAACCACUUCUUCUGUGAAAUCCUGUCUGUCCUCAGGCUAGCCUGUGCUGACACCUGGCUCAACCAGGUGGCCAUCUUUUCUGCUUCUGUGUUAAUCUUGGUGGGGCCACUUUGCCUGGUACUGGUCUCCUACUCACACCUCCUGGCGGCCAUCCUGAGGAUCCAGUCUGGGGAGGGCUGCAGAAAGGCCUUCUCCACCUGCUCCUCCCACCUCUGCAUGGUGGGGCUCUUCUUUGGCAGUGCCAUCGUCAUGUACAUGGCCCCCAAGUCCCACAAUCCUGAGGAGCAGCAGAAGGUCCUUUUUCUAUUUUACAGUUUUUUCAACCCGAUGCUGAACCCCCUGAUCUACAGCCUUAGGAAUGCAGAAGUCAAGAGUGCCCUGAGGAGAGCAUUGUGCAAGGAAAGUAAUUCCUAAAAGGUGUUACAUUUGAAUCUCCAGCCUCAGUCAUCUCCUGGAAUCAUGGUACCAAAUACCAUCUACGUUCACUACUCUCUUUAUAUCUGAGACUGAAUGAACCAACAGAUUCUGCAAAGCAUUCCUUUUUCCUGCCUGGGAAGUAUUUAGUUUUUAACGCAUUUGUUAUACUUAACAGAUCUAUAAAAAGUUUUAAAAAAAUACAGCCAGAGGCAGAGACUCCAGAACCCACUGAUACCUCCGUCCACUUUCAUCCACAUUUGGAUGUUUCCCCUCAAUUGCACUUUCUCUCUUAUAAAUAGUAAAUGUGCUUAAAUGCUUA